CCAAGCAACCAACACUCGGCGCUGCUCGUUGCGCCUCGGUCAAUCCGCCACUAGUAUGGCGCUACGCGCUCCGACACGCCACCGUACGUAGCGUGCUUUCGCAAUCGACGACAGAUCGUGCACCGUGAUACACGCUGAAAAACGGUGAAACACGCGCGAAUUCUUUUACUCGACGAACAAUCAAGUAGUCUGACUGAAAAGUCGGUGGAGGAACGUGUUUUCUCGAUUCUUCGAAGGAAAGAAAGAAAGAAAAGAAAAUAUACGAGAAGAAGUUGACUAUCCGUCGCCAGAAUACAAUUAUUGUUUUGCUAGUGUUCGUCCAGACUUGACAGAUAAGAAUCGAGUGAUUGAUAGAAAGAUAGGGAGAGAAAAGCGUGAGCGGCCACCGACCAAGGGGUUGAGAGCGGCUAUUUAGGGGUUGCUACUAUGUAACCGCGUGCACCAACGCUUAUCCGGUAGUAGCUCGCAGAGAACGCCGCGUGUUAAGUGCUGAUUGCAUUGCGGUGACACGAACUGCGAUAAGCGGCAACCAGCAACUGGUAAUAAGUGAAUUUCGUUUACAAUUAGGGAAAUGAUAGCGUCGUUAAACGCGGUCUGGUGCACGAGGCCGGACGGAAGUCGCGGCAGGUGUCUGACCCGGUACGAGCUCUAGGGCAACGAUGCGAGUGGAUCGGCUGACACGAAAACCAGACAGGACAGAGACGAGCAAAUACUGGAAGCGCGUGUUGUUCCGUUGAAACGUUUGGAAAGCGAAGAUACCGCUUCGUUGCCGAGGCGAAAUACAACAACAUCAAAAACGAGAGAAGAAAGAGUGGAGCAAGUGCUAUCAACUGCACAGUUGAUCGCUGAUAAACAUGAGAGUACCACGUAACACGCUAGUGUUCAUUUAAUGCGACCUAACGAUCGAACGAUUCACACCGCGCGCUAGAGUUCCCGUAGCCCGCAUCGCUGACAGCGAUCUUCACGACCGUUCAUCGAUAAACAACAUGGCAUGUCCUUUUUCACGGGAUCUCUUGAAGGCAGGCCGCGACAAGCAGACCGUCAGAAGGGACAACGAUCGCUCGAGUAUCGCCAGAUUGGGACAGAAUGGCGGUGGCAAGUCUAGACAAUCGUCCUUUGAAGUCACGUCGUUGCUGAUGAGAGAGGAAGCCGAAGAUGCAGAGGAUACGCAGACCCUGAACCUGAAGCACCUGAGAGCUGCAGUACUCGUGCUGACAAAUCCAUCGAACGAGGCGGUUGCCGUAGCUCUGAGAGUUCUCUUAAGCAAAGAGGAGGAGUCGUAUCCAACCACGAGGUAUCUCGAGAAGGUGUUCCGCAAUGUCGACGCCGAGGAGAACUAUAACUUACUGGAGGACAUUUACGAGACGCUAAGUUAUCACUGCGACGUGGACGUGAGCAUAUUUUUCGAUCGGCUUGGCCAAGAGCUGAUUUAUACUGCUUGCGUGGGUCUACUUGAAAGAGCGUUCCGUUGCCUCGGGAACGAUCUGACAGCUUUCCUGACCACCCUCGAUGGCGUGAACGAUGUCGUGCAACACCAGUCCGGAUCCGAGGCAGAGGCAGAGUUCGUAUGCAUUGCCACGCCGGAAGCGAUCGAGCUUCAUUUUACGACUGACCACCCGUCUGUCGCGUAUCUACUAGUCGGUAGCCUAAAGGGCAUCGCCAGACAAUUUUAUAACGAUGAUGCCAAUGUACAUAUUCUACCCGAUCCAUACAACACCAAAUUUUUUAGGUAUCAUAUCAUUCCAGAGCGCUAUAGCGAGCAUUUGGUGGUCGAUCCGGAGAUCGACGAUAAUCUCGACACGGUCACGUCCCCGUUCCGUCCACUGUCGACCGAAGCCACGGACCUACGUAUGGGGGUAGCAAGUUUCUGCAAAGCCUUCCCAUGGCACUUUGUGGUUGAUCGACAAUUAGAGCUGGUGCAGCUUGGAGUCGGAUUUAUGAGGAUUUUCGGGCAUCAUCUUAACCGAUUGGGGAGAGAAAUAUCGACGUACUUCGCUUUUACACGGCCACGUGGAGUUACUUUGAUCUUUCAUGAGAUACUGAAGCGCGCGAAUACACCUUUCGUGCUCACCCUUCAAAGACCGCAGGGCGUCGAUAAAUAUCCCGCGGAGGGUUUAGAGAUGAAAGGUCAGAUGGUCCAUUGUCCUGAAUCGGAUUCCAUUCUAUUUGUGAGUUCGCCAUUCUUGAACGGUCUAGAAGGAUUAACUGGCCGAGGACUUUUUAUAUCUGAUAUUCCAUUACACGACGCCACGAGAGACGUUAUCCUGGUUGGGGAACAGGCCAGGGCACAGGAUGGUUUGAGAAGACGGAUGGACAAACUGAAAAGCUCUAUAGAAGAAGCAAACCUAGCUGUGUCUGCGGAAAGAGAAAAGAAUGUCAGCUUGCUUCAUCUUAUAUUUCCUCCAGAUAUAGCGAAGCGUUUAUGGUUGGGAGAGACAAUCGAGGCAAAAACUUAUCCUGAGGUGACGAUGCUUUUCAGUGAUAUUGUUGGUUUUACAGAAAUUUGUUCUACCGCGACACCAAUGAUGGUUAUCAAUAUGCUUCAAAAUCUUUAUGAACAGUUUGACUCAUUUUGUGGCCAGUUAGAUAUUUAUAAAGUGGAAACAAUUGGAGAUGCCUAUUGCGUUGCAUGUGGCCUUCAUCGUAACACUCACAUUCAUGCGCAACAAAUAGCUUGGAUGGCUCUAAAAAUGAUACAAGCAUGUUCUCAUCAUUUAACUCACAAGGGUAAACCAAUAAGGAUGCGUAUUGGCAUUCACACUGGAAUGGUACUAGCAGGAGUUGUUGGAAAAAAGAUGCCAAGGUACUGUCUUUUCGGACACAAUGUUACCUUAGCUAAUAAGUUUGAAUCUCUAAGUGAACCUCUUCGUAUCCACAUUAGUCCAACGACGUAUGUCUUAUUGAAAUAUCCUAUAUCAGGAUUUGAUCUGGAACCACGACAAAAGGAAUUCUUACCAAAGGAAUUUCCAGCUAACAUAGAAGGGACGUCUUACUUCCUGAAUGGCUACAAACACAAGGACGUUGACGUCACUUUCCCGUUGGAUUUACAUAUUCAGAGCGCGAUCAGGGAAUACGGGCUCGGGAGCAGCGUGUAGAUACUUAAAUAAUAAAAACCAUUCCAACGAAUAUACGUCGUUCAUGAAUGUCGUUAUACCAACGCUAUUCUGUCCAUACUAACAACACUUUCUCGGUAAACGUCUGUUUCUAAUGAGUUCACAAACUGGCACCGUGUAACAACGCUGAUUCUAACCAGCCUAAACGGCCAAUUCCCGGGCCGAUAAUAUUUAUACGCAGAGUAUUAGGUUACAAUUAUUAUAUACUUAUGAUCAUAUGAGCAAAUAAAUCUGUAUCAUAAAUCA